AGCCCGGCCCGGCGCAGCCCGGUCAUGGGCCGGGGGUCGUGGCCGCCGCGGCCGCACCGGAAGCCCGAGCAGGGCAGGGGCGGCGGCCGGGCGGUCGGUGCCCGGUCUGUGCGAGCUGUCGCAGUGCCGCUCUGCCGCGCCCCGAGUUGAACACGAAUUCCCCCCCCGGAGCCUCCCCCGCCUCUCCCGCGCUGUGGGCCCGGAGCGGGCGGCGGGCGCCCCCUGGCGGUGCCGCUGCCGCCGCCGCUCCAAGAUGGCGCAGGCGAUCUUCGAGGCGCUGGAAGGGAUGGAUAAUCAGACAGUGCUGGCUGUGCAGUCCUUACUGGAUGGGCAAGGAGGGGUCACGGAUCCGUCUGCCCCCAACGUCAACCCCUCCGCCGCCAUCCAGCCCAUGGAUGAUGAAGACGUGUUCCUGUGUGGGAAGUGUAAGAAGCAGUUCAACUCCCUGCCUGUCUUCAUGACCCACAAGAGAGAGCAGUGCCAGGGCAGUGCCCCGUCCCUCUCCUCGGUGUCUCUGGCCACCAACAGUGUGUACACCCCGUCCAUCACCUCGGUGCAGCCGGCUCCCACUGCUGGCCGGCAGCAAAUCUCUACGUACAUCACGGUUCCCCCGUCCCCUUUGAUUCAGACCCUGGUGCAGGGGAACAUCCUGGUCAGUGACGAGGUGCUGAUGUCAGCCAUGUCUGCUUUCACCUCCUUGGACCAGCCCAUGCCAGCAGUGCAGCCCCCAGUGCAGAGCAGCAUGAGUAUGCACGCCGGGGCUGGCUACCUGUCCCAGCCCCCGCCGCCGCCGCCGCCCCCACCACCGCCCCCGCCGCAGCCUCCGCCCGCCCCGCCCAGCCUGGGGCCUCCGGGGCAGCCCGGCAGCGGCGUGGUGGAGGUGUACAGCGCCCCUGCUCCCAUGGCACCAUCCAGCACCGUGGAGAUCCAGACCCUGGGCAUGCAGCCCUACCCGCCCAUGGAGGUACCAAGCCAGUGUGUGGAAAGCCCCGUGUACCCCUCUCCCCCUGUGUACAGUCCUGGGAAGCAGGGGUUCAAGGCCAAGAGCUCCAGUGCUCCCACCCCCCUGAGCAGUGCAGGAGGCUCUGUGGUUGGCUUUGAUUCCCCUGCUGCUGCCAAAACUCGCCGCUGCAAGAACGAGAGUGGGCUGCAGGAAGGCAAACCCAAGUCCCCCAAGCUGAAAUGUACCUACUGUGACAAGGCCUUUACCAAGAACUUCGACCUGCAGCAGCACAUCAGGAGUCACACGGGUGAGAAGCCCUUCCAGUGCAUCGUGUGUGGCCGAGCCUUUGCCCAGAAGUCCAACGUGAAGAAGCACAUGCAGACCCAUAAAGUGUGGCCUCCAGGGCUGGGCUGCACCAUCUCCCGCAACUCCAUCACUGUGCAGGUCAUGGCCCUGAACCCCGACCAGCCUGAGGACGAGGAGAGCACAGGUCUGCCCCAGCCCUCCAGGAAUGCGGUGCCGCCCCCGCAGGAGCUGAGCCCCUUGGAGGAGAGCGAGGCGGGCAAGCUGGAGGCCAAGCAGGUUGUCCUGAUCGACAGCUCUUACCAGUGCCAGUUCUGCCCCAGCAAGUUCAACACCUACUUCCAGCUCAAAUCACACAUGACCCAGCACAAGAAUGAGCAGGUGUACAAAUGUGUGGUGAAGACCUGUGCCCAGACCUUCCAGAAGCUGGAGUCCUUCCUGGAGCACAUCAAGAGCCACCAGGAGGAGCUGAGUUACCGCUGCCACCUCUGCAGCAAGGACUUCCCCUCGCUGUACGAGCUGGGCGUGCACCAGUACUCGCACAGCCUGCUGCCCCAGCACAGCCCCAAGAAGGACAUGGCCGUGUACAAGUGUGUGAAGUGUGUCAAUAAAUACUCCACCCCAGAAGCCCUGGAGCACCAUCUGCAGACAGCAACGCACAACUUCCCCUGCCCUCACUGCCAGAAGGUGUUCCCCUGUGAGCGGUACCUGCGCCGCCACAUCCCCACGCACGGUGGGGGCAGCAAGUUCAAGUGCCAGAUCUGCAAGAAGUUCUUCCGGCGGGAGCACUACCUCAAGCUGCACGCCCACAUCCACUCGGGUGAGAAGCCCUUCAAGUGCUCGGUGUGUGAUGCAGCAUUCAAUCGCAAGGACAAGCUCAAGCGCCACAUGCUCAUCCACGAGCCCUUCAAGAAAUACAAAUGUCCCUUCUCAAGCCACACGGGCUGCAAUAAAGAGUUCAACAGGCCUGACAAGCUGAAGGCUCAUAUUCUGUCCCAUUCAGGGAUGAAGAUCCACAAGUGCCAGUACUGUAACAAGUCCUUCAGCCGCCGUGCCCACAUGGUGGAGCACCAGCGCUCGCACACCGGCAACUACAAAUACCGCUGUGCCACGUGCAGCAAGGGCUUCACGCGCCACAAGUACCUGCGGGAGCACAAGUGCCGCCUGGGCUCGCCCAAGGACAAGGAGCUGCAGCUUAGGAAGGCCCAGAAGAAGCGGGCGGCGCGGGGGCGCAAGGCCGGGCUGGCACUGCCCGCCGUGCUGGGGCUGCCGGAGCUCAAGGACGGCGCCGCCGGGGAGAGCCCCCCCGAGGGGGGCCCCAACAAAGAGCCCUUCCACGAGUCGGACGCUGUCCUGUCCAUCGUGGUUGGCGGGUCAGGAGGUGCUGACUCGGAGCUGGUCCCCGGGCAGCCCAACAGCAUGGCCUCCAACCUGGCCCUGGCAGAGCUGCAGACGGCCUCGGACGGGCCCUGCACCAUGCUGGCUGUGCCUGUGUACAUCCAGACCUCGGAGUGACGCUGCCCGCAGCCACUGUGUGGCUGGAGGCUGCUGCUGGCACUGUCUGACUUGGUGCUCAAACUUAUCCCCGUGGAAAAGACCAAAGCUCUUCUGGGGAGGUGGAUGGAUAUGGGAGAGAAUGGCUCCCGUCUCCACUGGUUCUUCCCAUCCUUGGGCAGAGGACUGCUUGGAGACCACUGAUGCCUACAAGGCACUGAAGAAAGUGGCUCCAUUAUUUCUUGUCCCUCUGCACCACGGGUCAGCUUAGGGCAAGAAAGACAAAGAUCCCUGAAUCAGGGUAAGAAGAAGGACCAUGCAACCUUGCAACAAACAGAGCUGCUGAAAUCAGGUGGCUUUGCAAAUCACAGCCUGUCCCAUCUGUGGUUUUUCUGGCCUAAAAGCUGUAUUGCCCAGUAUUUGGGUGGCCCUUCUGAGAGCAAGCAUCCUUCCUAGUGGAAGCAAGUUCAUCUCGAGAUCCUUUGGGAACACUGUUCAGAAAUACCCUGAUAGACUUCUGUCUGGUAUCUUCUCUCUGUCUGUCUCAGUAGAAAGAUCACCGUGUCUGUACUACACGUUAUAAACACCUUGGACCUCACGUGUGGAGUCAGUGUGUGGGGAGCUGUGUGUGUGUGGGGGGGAUCUUCUGUCUGGGUGCUGUUCUCUCCACAGUGUUUGUUUAUGGUUUUUCCCUGGACCCAGGGAUUUCUGAGUGCCUUAGACAUCAAUGAGUCGAUCUCUGGGAACAGUUAAAUGUGACCCCUCUGUUCAGCAAGGGCACUAAGGGCUGGAUGAGGUGACCUGGCCUGGGUCGCACAGGAAACCUGUGAUGCAUCCAGAGCCAAUGUCCCAGUGUCAGCUCUGGGCCAGGGGGAAGCUCAGGGUGCAGGGGAGCUCUGGCAGCUGCUUCCCAGCCUCUGUGUUCCCUCAGCUCAGUUCUUGUCAGUACUCUCAGUGGGGAGUUUGUGUGGUUGAGCAGCAAGGAAAUCUGCUGUGAGUGGGACAUUUAUUGUCCUCUUGGCUUCUCUGAUUUCCUAAGCAGGAGCACCAAACCCAGAAACUGAAAAUUCCCGUUACGCAGUGGUGGUGAGGGAGGUGCAGGGGUGGGUCUUGGAGCCCAGACAGGUCAGGGAGCAGGCAGGGGUGCUGCUGCCUGCUCCAGUACCCUGCCAGGCUCCUUCCUUCCUGCACUGCCCUCAGCCUCCUGUUUUCCACUGCCACGGGAUGCACUGGCUUUUGGGGAAGGAUCUGCACCCAGACCUAUAUCCCUGCUGCCUCCAGGUCCUCCUGGGAUAUGUCCCCAUGCUCUGCUCUCCCACCCUUCCUCCCUGCUCCAAGUGUAGGGCAAGCCCAGCUGAGCUUUCCCAGGUGAGUUUGUGUGAUGAGCUGCUAAGGUGUCUGUGGGUGCAAAGUGCUGCAUUCCCAGCCUGUUUACCCAGAGGUGGUGCAGGGUUUAGUCAGGCCUGGGUACAAAAUCCUGGUGGUGUCUGGGACUCUGUGCUGUUCUGGUCAUUGCACCAGUCAGCCCAGCACUACUGGUCUGACUGGUGUGAUCCAGCCCAUUGUUUGACCUCAGGGUGUUCUUCUUGUCUCCUUCCUUAAAUCUUAAAAUCUUAAACAUAGCUCUGUUUAAGGUGUGCUCCCUGACUGGGCCAGGUAAUGGUGGGGUACACUGUCACUCCUGGGACAGUCACACAGUUCCAGUGUGGACAGGUCCUGCCACCAGCUCACUUUGCUCAUUCACUUCCUAACUUACUUUCUGCUCAUUUCACUUUUUUGAUGUUUGUGCACCUCCAGCUGUUGGUGGGUGGGAGGAAAUGGAGCUCAGGGCUUCCAGGGGAGGCUGGGAGAAGGGGUUGUUGAGGGUUUACAUGAGGUUAAGGAGAAGCCUUGCCCCUGCCUUGCAGAAGGGGCUGGAGAAGGUGGAGCCAGGCUCCGGAGGUGCACAGGGUUGGGAAGAGAGGUGACAGGGAUGCGUUGAAACGUGGCAACUUCCAGUACUUAAAGGGGCUUAUGAGAAGGCUGGAGAGGGACUUUUCACAAGGGCCUGGAGUGACAGGACAAGGGGGAAUGACCUCAAGCUAAUGAAAGAUUUAAAUGUGAUAUCAGGAGGAAAUUCUUCCCUGUGAGGGUGAGGAGGCCCUGGCACACGGUGCCCAGAGAAGCUGUGGCUGCCCCAUCCCUGGAAGUGUCCCAGGCCAUGUUGAAUGGGGCUUGGAGCAGCCUUGGAUAGUGGAAGGUGUCCCUGCCCGUGGCAGGGAAUGAAAUGAGAUGAAUUUUGGGGUCCCUUCCAACCCAAACCACUGUUAUUCCAUGAUUCUGACUCAGUAUAAGGAAAAAGGCUGCAGAGAGGUCCUGGCACCUCUACCAAUUUGCACAGAGCAUCCUGUCCUGAGUGGAUGUGCUUGGCAUGAGCUGAUUUGGCCAGGGACAUCCAGGUGGUUUUUCCUCCUUAGGUGUGUUUGUGCUUCUGUGAAAGCUCCUGUCUGCUUUGAAGGGCAGAGUUUAUUUACCCAAUGUUUAUUUUACUGUGCUCUCCCAGGAGGGGAACAGGAUCAGGAAAUAGUUGGCUAAAUAUACUUUUCCUGUAUCCCUCCUGUGUCCCACAGUGUAGGUGUAAUUUAUGUAGUCUAUGCAGUCAGGUCUAUUUUGGGGUGAUGAUGUGUGGGUGCAGCGCCUGCAGCUCAGAAGCCCUGUCUGGAGACCUGGCCUGCCCUUCCCAAAUCCUGCCUCCCCCCAGCUCAGUGGGAUGCUGGAACCCAGCUGUAACCCAGGGAAUGGGAGCAGAGCCACACAGCUCUGCAUGUGUGACUGCUGAGGGACACAAGGCUGGGGACUUCCCCUAACGUAACUGUGGGACACGAGGGCUCAGAGGUGCCACCCUGCAUGCCUGAUAGGUGUUUGCACAUGGGGCAGUGUUGAACCAGAACAAGUUUUACCUUGAGCAAAAUGAUUGUCCUCUUAAAGUAAACCUUGGAGUGAUUGUCCUCCCUGCCCUGCUCUUGUCCAGCUGCCUCAGCAUCCUUAGGUGUCUACAAGCUCUUCCAUUUCCUGCAGGGAGGAUUUCUGCCCAAAUUCCUUCUGUUUCUGUUUCCCUGGCAGAGCCCUGCCCACUGGCUGGUGUGGAUUGGAGGUGCUCAGGGCACUGAUUUUCUCCCUGGUCCCAUCCUGUGUCCUGGGCACUGCUGUUCUCUUUACAAACCCAGCUCUGGAAGCAUCUUGGCAUUUUCUGGAAGCCCAGGAGAACCCCAGAACCAGAGCCAUGCCCUGGAAGAAGUGGAUCAGAGCAAAGGUCUGUGGUGUUCAGUGACAGCCAGCACUUGUGUGGGAGGAAGCAAAGGGCAGGUAAAACCCAUCCCUCCCCGUGCUGUCCCCAGCCUCCUGUGCUGUCAGCUGGAGCUUUCCUGCCCUGGCAGUGUUUCCAUCAGCCUCAGUGAUUUUUCCUGUGUAUUUGCCUUUCCCCCCUACCUGCAGUGUUAGGGAGAUGGAACAGGGCAGCCAUUACAAGGCUCUGUUGCUCAACUCCCAUUCUUUGUGUUUCCAGAGCAGUGAUUUUCCCUUUUAUUCAGGGCACAAAAAAGCUCUCUUACCCAGCAAGCAUUUGUUUGGGUCGUUUUUCCUCUUUUCCAUGUGGUGUGUGAUAUCCCAGCCCUGCUCCAAAGCAGUGAUUAACUUUCUUGGGUGAUUUCCAGAGACAAACAUUAUUAUUGUCUAAGUCUGUUAUUAAUUAACUGUUGUCACAACCCUGCUGUGACUGAAGGUGGGGGUGUAUCACUUUUACAGGUGGUUGAGGCCUAGCACAAAGAAAGAGAAGUCGAAAGUCUCCAGUUGGCACCAGGCUGAGGUACUCAAGACUCGACUUCCUGCUGGGAUUUUACGUGGGUACUGUGAUAUUAUGGAUUAUUUCAUGGAAUGAUGUCCGUGCUGCCCCCACAGCUGAGAGCACAUGACUCAAGUGUCCAGGAAAUGAGCUCACAGCGAGUCACCACCCAGUAAACAAUCCUGCUUGGGGGUGGGUUUAAAGACUUGCUUUUGUACAGUUGGCACUUUAGAAAGGGAAGUUUGAAAGAAUCAAUUCUCCAGCACGUUAUCUCAGUGCCGCAGCAGGCCUGAGGGGUACAGAAAGGGGAGUCAGCCCAGCGGUGGGGAUGGGUGCUGGAGGAGGGGGGGACCGGCAGGGACAGGAGCACGGUCCUGGGCAGGCUCCCGUGGUCACUUCUGGGUCACUUCAGGCAUGUCCAGGGCAGGGAAUGGAGCUGGGGUAGGGGCUGGAGCACCAGGAGCAGCUCUGGGGGCUCAGCCUGGAGAAAAGGAGAUCAGGGGGGACCCUGUGGCUCUGCACAGCUCCUGACAGGAGGGGACAGCCAGGGGGUGUUUGGGCUCUGCUCCCAGGGAACAGGGACAGGAGGAGAGGGAACGGCCUCAGGCUGGGCCAGGGGAGGCUCGGGAUGGAUAUUACAAAGAACUUAUUGAUGGAAAAAGUUGUCAGGCAUUGGAGUGCGCUGCCCAGGGAGUCCCAGAGCCCCGGAGGUGUCCGAGGAAGGCCUGGACGUGGCACUCCGUGCUCUGGGCUGGUGACACGGUGCCAUCGGGCACAGGUUAACCCCUCAAGGACCCUGCCGGGCGUUUCCAGCGUCCGUGACUCUGUGAGCCCUGCCCGCGGCUCCCCGGCCGUCCCCUCCGAGCGCUGCCCGAGCGCUGCCCGAGCGCUGCCCGAGCGCUGCCCGAGCGCUGCCCGAGCGCUGCCCGAGCGCUGCCCGAGCGCUGCCCGAGCGCUGCCCGAGCGCUGCCCGAGCGCUGCCCGAGCGCUGCCCGAGCGCUGCCCGAGCGCUGCCCGAGCGCUGCCCGAGCGCUGCCCGAGCGCUGCCCGAGCGCUGCCCGAGCGCUGCCGCAGCCUCCCCCGCUGCUCCCGGCCCCUCCCUCCCUGCCCGGCCCCGCCCGUGACGUCACCCCGUUCCGUGACGCCAUCCCGUUCCGUGACGUCAUCCCGC